UGCUCAUUCGCAAAACCGCCAUUGAACCGAGUACUCCCGAGUUCUUUCCCUUCCACUCGCAGAGUGUCAAGCGACCAGCAUGGAUGUUGUGUUUAGUGGAGGCAUGGCGAUGAGGAGAGGAAGCUACGAUGAAGCGGCGGCCUUUCUGCGUCCCCACUUCCGAAAUAUGGCUCAGCGACGUCGCUCCGCCCCGUCGUUGGUUUUGGGAAAGGCUUUGGCCAUGCCGUGGUCUCCAAUCAGAGGAGAGCCCUCCUGCCGGGUGUCAGUGGAGCACAGUCCCUUCGUCCACGGCCUCACCAGUGAGAAUGGAGAGCUGCUACUGGACGAAUGUGUGCACGUGACGGAGGGCACCAAAACGAGGGAGCGACACCUCUUCCUCUUCAGCGACGUCAUCGUCUUCGCAAAGUUCAAGUCCGCAUCCAGCUACCGUCUCAAACACAGAGUGAAACUGGAGGAUGUCUGGCUUCACAAUUUCCAAGAUGAGACCCAGCGCGACGAGGAAACGGCGGAGGACGCGGGCCUCGGCGUGACCCUCGCCGUGGCCUGGGGCCUCACUUUUUGUCUGGUGUGUUUUGGCUCUCCUGAGGUGAAGGCACGCUGGUUCGACAGCCUCCAAAGUAAAAGCCAAGAGGCAAAAGCCAGGGCCGGUUGUGCUUCUUAUCCAGACAUCCUCAUGAAGGUGUUAGGUGGCAUCACUCCAACUAAAACACUCAUCGGAGGCGGCAUGGAACAAUUUGUCAGCUUUGAUGGAGAUGCAAAUACUUUGGCAGUGUCCCAGUUGUUGAAUAACCAAGAGGACAAGCUGAUGCAGACGCUGGAAACGAAAUGGAACUUGGUGAGAAAGCUGAGGAAGGGUUCAGGUUUCAUCAGCAAAGCGGCUCAAUCAGACGCCAAAACUCAACUUUUUGGACGGCCCCUCUGCAAAGUGUGCCCCGAUGACAACUCGCUCCCUAAACCCAUCACAGAGAUGCUGGUGUUGCUGAGGAAAAGGGGGCCGUCCACUGAGGGGGUGUUUCGGAAGCCGUGCAACAGCAAGAACAUGAGGGACGUCCGGGACAGGCUCAACAACGGCCUGGAAGUGGACAUGAAGUCGCAGCCUGUCGCUUUGCUGGUCGGGUUGCUCAAAAGUUUUCUAAAAGAACUUCCUGGGAGCCUGCUGGUGUGUGACCUUUACAAAGAGUGGAUGGCGGCUCUGCAGAGGGAAGAGAGCCAGCAGAGAGAGCGAGCGCUCAGAAGUGUGGUCGACAAGCUCCCCAGGCCCAACAAGGUCCUCCUACAGCACCUGGCCUGCGUCCUCUAUCACAUCCUCGACAAUGCUGACGACAACAAGAUGGACGCCUAUAACCUCGCCGUUUGCAUUGCCCCGACCUUGCUGCAGAUGGAGGUCACGCCGCUUGAUGAUCAGAAAGAAAUGAUGAAAAAGGUCACAGCGCUCACUCAGUUCCUGAUUGAACACUGCGAGAUCCUCGGAGAGAAUAUCCCACACCUCCUGGAUACUGAUGAAGACUCGGUGUCCUCGCAGCAUCACGACUCGGCGUAUGACAGCACCGAUCCAGAUGGGGACGGCGAGGCCGGCGGAAGCGGUUCGUCGCCCUCCCUCAGUCUCAGCGUCACCAUUUCCACAUGCUCAUCCGACGCGAUGUUCGAUUCCAAGCCCGCCUUCAACCGUCGCCGCUCCGAGCCCAUCAUCCUGCCCCCGGCGGAUGUGGCGAACCUCUGCGCCCAUUCCCGGAGCCAUGACGACUGCUCCGUUGAGAACUUUACGGAGCAGCCUUUGAAAAAGCGAGUCUCGGAGGGCUCCUGGCAGCGGCCCAGUUUGUGUUUUUCAAAACUGAGCGGCAUGGGCCGGUUUAGCGACACGGUGAAUCAAACGAUGGGCUGCUCCAGCUCUUCCCUCGAGAGCGCCGCCUCCAACCAAUCCGAAGGCUCCGUGUUCACCAGCUCCCCGGCCGGCUCGCCACCGUGCUCCAGGAGAACCAGCCAGAGCAUCGCGACCCCUGCGGGCCCUCAGCAGGACUCAACCUGGUUGAAUUCAGAUGAGACGAAGCGCUCGCACUCAUUGAGGGCCGCCUGUAAGGUUCUGAUGCGCACCAGGAGUUUAGGAGGCUUCGGCAGAAACAGUCUGAAGAAGGAGCGCCGGAGCGAAAAGCCCUCAGCUUGCGAAACGCUGCGGGAGGACUCGCAAAGCGAAGCGGUCUCUCCGGCCGAGCCCAGGCGCCGCCCCCUGUCGGCCAUCGAGGUGUUCAGGCACAUAGACAGUCGUCUGGCCUGCAGCCCGCCUUCAUACGAGCAGGCGUUGCACAGCGCGCUUCUUGCUCCGCAGUACGGAUCCAUGACAGUACAUGACGCCAUAGCUCUAGAGAGAGGAUUCCGACCGUCUUCUGGGAAUUAUUCCUCCUCGCCGAGCUACUUCAAAAACCGUCGCACCGACAGUUGCACGCAAGAGAGUCUAGAGCACAGGCCGGUCUUCCGCCAGAGGGCCAUGUCCGAGUCGGUGUCCGCAGCGGGUCAAAGGGAGGCCGCGUCACGACCAUGCAACCAGUCGGUGUUUGAGGAAUUUCCAUACGCUAAAGAGUCCUACGUUUGAGCGGCCAUCUCUUCAAAGCUUCGAGAACCCCGUAGCUUCAAAGCCACUUUGCGCGUUCUACUUUUGGCUGGAAUUUCAUUCCCUUCCCAUAAUUGUGCCUCAGCAGAGCAAAGCGCGGCCAAUUGCUCCCCUAACGGUUCAAUCAUUUUGUACUAUGACAUAACUCUUGAGAGCGUCACGAAAAAAAAAAAAAGGGGGGGGCCGUGUUUCCAGGCUACGGUCGUUCUGCCUCCGGUUGAACUCAUCUGGACGAAUGUAUGUACGAUGCAAGGGUGUUUAUUCUCGGAAUUCCAGAUACAAUUAUGUGUUAUUUGAAUAUCACACAUGUAUAUAUGUAUGAAUACUGUACAUGCCAUUCUUGAGUCGUACUAUUACAGAGUACAAAUGUAUUGGUAGAUAUUUAGUCUAUCAAAACAAAAGGAAGCUAUGAAAAGUCUUGUCUGUUUUGAAUGUGUGCCACAAGGUGCGUGUUCACAUUCUCAUCUAUAGUCUAUCUUCUUGCUAGCUCUACACAUGUGAGAAAUAAAAGUGCACUGCAAAGGAAGGCGACACUACGUCCCAAUUUCACCUUUUUUCCCCUUUUUUGUGUCAUCUGCUUGUCUAGAGUCAUAUCAUGUCUGGUCAUUUUUGCACUGCUAAACAACACGAUGUUAAUGGCCUCAGCAUUUUGCACUGCACUGUAUAGAAGUACAGAAGUGAGUUACAACAAGUAUUUUUUUGUUUGCUUUGUUGUAAUGGGCUUCUUAUUCCAUGACAUUAAAUCACAUUGUGGACGAUGA